AUGGCCUUAAGUUUAAUCUCAAUAACGCACAUGGCGCUGCUUGUGACGUGUGUUAGGACACGCGGCUUUAUAAAAGUCAAACAGAUAAGCAACGACCUUUUAACCAAUGAAUUAUGUAAAAGGAACAGAUAUUCCAGUAGAAUCUUCAGUGAUUCAAUUGAUAAUCGCAGUUUUAAGGUUAAUACUUUAUCGCAUCAAUCCACUAACGCGGAUGAACCGGAAGAAUCUCACAGGGUGUGGUAUAAGGAACUCAUAAAAUAUUUUAAACAUGAUGGGAAUGUGGAUUAUUUUCUCAAAAGGGCUUCGGAAGAUUGUAUAAAUGAUAAGUGUGAAAUAAACAUAAUAUCGCCACCACCUAAUCUGACUGGAGAGUUGCACAUGGGCAACUUGCUGAACUUGGUGUGUUCCGAUGUGUACAGAAACUAUUUGAUUUUAAAUGGGUUUAAAGUCAACAUCAACUUCUCAAAUGACCACGCAGGACUGAGUUUUCAGAAGUUGUUCGAUACAGGGUAUCAUUUAAACGACCAGGAGUCACAUCUGCUGAGUAGUGACACACUAAGGGAUGGCUUUACAAGUGAAUCUGAUGGAGAGCAAACUCGUGAAAAAUUAAAACUGGCACACAGUGUGUGCGACAGUAUUAAACAGAGACACAUUGAAGACUUGAAGCUGUUAGGAAUAGACUGGCCGUAUGGCCAGUUUAGUCUGGAUGAGCACGUGCAAGAGUUAAGUAAGAAGGUGUUCAUAGAAUUCUACGAGAAAGAGCUGUUAUCGGAACAGAAUUGGCCAUCGCUGGCAAAUUACCACGAAGAUAAAAUAGAACCAAUAUCAGCAGCUGAAGUUGAGUACAAGCUGGUACGUAAAAGACAAUACACAUUAAAGCUCUUGGUGAAUGGAUGUUCUAAUGUUAGUGAAAGGCAAAAUGAUGGCAAUUGCAGUGGUGUUGAAAUCAUAAUAAAUACAACUACACCAGAAUUUUACUACGCUACUACUGGAGUAGGGGUGUCUCACGAGGAUUAUGAACAACUUGGUGCUAAAAAGGUCUACUUGCCUAAAAUCAAUAAAGAGGUGCCAAUAGUCCCACUAGAUACUCUUUCAGGGGAUUACAAGAAGGUUAAGGAGCGUGAGUCUAUGGGAGUAGCUAACUAUGGCGAAGGUGUAUUUUCAGAUGGUUGUCAUAGAAGCGUUCAAGGUGAGGACGAUGGUGAUGUUAGUGGAAAUGGUGAGAGUCGAAGACAGAUAAGGGGGGUGCUAAUAACGCCAGCGCACUCGGAAAAUGAUUUCUGGAUAGGCAAAAGGUGCGGAUUGGAGCUCACAAACAUCCUGAAUAUCAAUGGAAACCUGCAAAACGUGCCCUUUAAGCUACUAGGAUGCAGCUUGGAUGCAGCGCUGGCUGACGUGCUGGAGUUGUUCCAGGAGAAUGGAAUGGUCGACGUUAGUUGCCCAGUGAACAUGCUCGACAGUUCAGCGAGGGUGAUAACCCUGCCGAUUCUGCACUACGUCCUGGACUCAGAAAAGCUGGUCGACAAGGCACUGAAGGCAUUUGAAGAAGUAAAGGUAGUGCCGGAGAGUAGGAGGUCUAUGAUACUGAACAGGCUCAACGGCAUUAGGUGUUGGUGUGUUAGCAGGCACGGCUGGUGGGGAACGAGACUGCCAAUUUACUACCUUUGCGACGACUUUAAGUACUAUAAAAUCAUGGCGCUGACGAGAGCUGAUGCUGAGAAGAGGGCUGAAGAGCUCCUGGAGACGACGAUGGAGGACAUAUAUUCCAGGGGAUACAGGAUGAUACAGGACUCACGAGUGCUUGAUACGUGGUUUACGUCGUCACUGUGGCCCAUGUUGUCGCAAAAAACCGACCACAACCAGGACCAGCAGAAGCAAAGGAACGUACUGUUUACCUGCUACGACAUAUUGGAAACGUGGAUCGUGAAGAUGCUGCUGAUCUGCUCGAACAUAAGCAAGGCGCCGCCGUUCGACGAGGUGUACCUGCACGGCAUGGUGUCUGACGGCCGCGGCAAGAAGAUGAGCAAGUCACUAAACAACACUGUCGUGCUAAGCCAGCUUUUGAGAGGCCUGGACGUAAAUGUGGCCAAGUUCGACUGUAGCCACUUCGAAACAGCCGACUACACCAACUCUUUAAACAGGGGCGUUGGUGCGCCUUCUGAUUUGAAAAGGCGGGACGACCUGGAGUUGCUUGUAAAGACCAACUUAGUUAGGCUAAAACUGAGCAGCAUGUGCAAGUGUUCCGACUUUACCAGCUACUACGAAGAAAACGACAGAUCACUCUUCAUGCUGACCAAGUAUUAUCAAAUUUUUAAGUUUUACAACAACAUGCUGAUCAAUGGUGGUCCCAGCGACUUUGACGCCCCGGGUGACACGCACCCUGCUGUUGACUAUAUUGAGUCACUCAUUUCCUCAAAACUCAACGAAUACGCUUCUCUCAUUGACGAAAACAUUACAUCAUUCCAACUGUCAAGCUGCACAUUAUAUUUGGAGCACUUAAUAAAGACGUUUUCCGACUUCCUCGUGCCCUUUAUCAGAUUCACUGUUAAUGGGCGCGUACACCGUCUGGAGCAUUUUGACCCGUAUUUUGUCAUGCUGAAAUCCCUUAUGUACCCUUUCACUCCAACCUUUGUGAAUUCAUUCCUGCUAAACAAGCUUCCAGUGUGUUCAAUGGAAUGGCCGUCCUCAUCAGAGUCCAGUGGUGUCUCCCGCCACUCUACUGAUUUCGACGACUUUGCGAAGUUAUUGAACGAAUUGCGUAGGAACGUUCUUAACAACACCAAUGUUAACGGCACGAACACCACCUCCAACUGCAUCAGUUUCAGCCUUCCCAGUAAAUUAUAUUCCGAGUUUGCCAUCUCCUUUAUCAACUAUUUGCUUGAGCUAACUUUUAACAAAGUGCCAAACAUAAGGUACUCACCUGUAUAA